AUGUCAACUUGUAGAUGGGCAGAUAUAAUCAGCAGUGACUCAGGCUAUUCAUUUGGCAGAAUUGCACGAUUAGAAAGUGGCACCAAGAAGAAAGCCACUGAUGAUUCUUUUUUCGAUCCGGGUGCCCCUGAGGUCACCGAGAUAAAGAGCAUAAAUGGCCAUGUAUCUCGGCUGAACAUUAAGAAUUCACCUAUUAGAUGCUCUUUUAAGGGUCUUUUAUCGGAAAUAUCACAAUCAGAUUCAUAUACAGGUGGUACUGGAAGUAAUGUUAAACCUGCAGAAUUAUCAGUCACGCCAUACACAAAUUUGAUUCAAGGAGAACAAAGCAACCAUACUGGCAAAAAGUGGAACAAAAAAGAACACAGCUUGGAUCAACAGUCUGAUAUUUAUUACUCAUGUUCCAAUAAGGAACCACUCAAUCCCACUAAGAAGAGGAAGGAAACCACACACUCUCAUAAUCACAUCAAUAAUGAUGUUAACGGCACAAAAAAUGUUUCAAAUUCAACCAGUAAGAAAUGGAACACACUCGAAAUAUCGGUUAAGCAUAAUACAUCCAAUUGGCCAUCACUAUCACAAUGCAAUUAUGACGACAAUGGUUCCCCCGAAUGUAUUAAGAAUAACAUGAGAAAAUUGGGGAAAUCAAAGAAUUUAACAAAGGAUCAACUGGCCCAGAAUGGAGAUACAGACAUGAAUCAGUUACUCGCUUUGCUGAGUACUGGGGAUUUGGACAAGUUAGCCAACCUACCCACUGCAUCCAUUGAAAGAUUGGCAAAAUCACUUAGCAGUGAAGAUAUAGUUAGAUUAAAUGAUGUUCAGAGAAUACAACUACUCCAGAAAACAACCCUAAUGCAGCAAGCCCUAAUGCAACAGAUUUCACAGCAAACAACACAAUCUAAUAAUGGUGUGACAAAUGAUUGUAUACGUGCUGCAGCAAAUGAUGCAGCGGCUGAAACCAACAUGGAACGUAUAAAUGCAAGGCUAAAAGAUAUUGCAGUGGGAAAGACGACGAAGGAAUACCAAAACUACAUUUCAAAAGUGCCUCGGCAUGAAAGGACAGAUGAUGAUCCGCAGACACCUGACCCCAUGGAAAAGUGUUCAUCUGCCAAGUUCCGUUCCAAAUAUCGCAUCUGGCGCGUGGCUCUGCAUAAAUAUGACAGUAAAUGA